AACCCCAAGUCAGUCUGCAAUUUCUCACUCCGGCUCACUCUUUUCCCUGACGAACAAACAGCUCAAAAUUUCCUAAAACCCUGAAAUUUUUUUUUCCCAUUCAAAUCCCUCUACAAAGUUCGGACCUUUGGAGCCGAAAACUACAGAAAUGCUCUCUUCAGCAACCUCUCGACGCCUGAGACCUUUCCUUCUCCUCCGUCUCCGCCAAGCUCAAAUCCUCUUGCAUUCCUCAGUUCCUCACCCUGUUUCCUCCAAACCCUUUUCAAAUCACACCCCCACCGACCCGGAACCGCAAUCAAAACCCACUAUAUACGACCACACCGCCGUCCGCGAGACGCUUUCUUCCUACUGCAACGACUGGAAGAAAGCCCUGGACUUCUUCACCUGGCUGGAAACUGACUGCCACUUCCAGCACACCACCGAGACAUACAAUCGGAUGCUCGACAUUCUCGGUAAGUUCUUCGAAUUCGAGCUUUCAUGGAACUUGAUUAACAAAAUGAAGCACAACCCAGAAACUGUUCCGAGUUAUACUACAUUUCGUGUAUUGUUUAAGAGAUAUGUGUCUGCCCACCUUGUGAAUGAAGCUAUAGAUGUUUAUAAUAGAUUGGAAGAGUUUGGUUUGAAGGAUGAGACUUCUUAUUGUAAUCUUAUUGAUGCGCUUUGCGAGUAUAAGCAUGUGAUUGAGGCCCAAGAAUUGUGUUUUUGGAAGAACAAAGAUUUGGGUUUUGAUAAGAGUACUAAGAUACAUAAUUUACUUCUUCGCGGGUGGUUUCGAAUGGGGUGGUGGCGCAAGUGUAGGGACUUUUGGGAGGAGAUGGAUCGGAGAGGUGUGCGUAAAGAUUUGCAUUCGUAUUCAGUAUAUAUGGAUAUAUUGUGCAAGAGUGGAAAGCCGUGGAAGGCUGUGAAGUUGUAUAAGGAGAUGAAGAGCAAAGGGAUCAAACUGGAUGUGGUGGCGUAUAAUACAGUUAUUCGUGCCAUUGGUCUUUCUGACGGUGUUGAUUUUUCAAAGCGGCUGUUGAGGGAGAUGAAGGAACUGGGGUGUGAACCCAAUGUUGGGACGUAUAAUACAAUUGUAAAGCUUUUGUGCGAGAAUGGGAGAUAUAAGGAGGCGUUCUUGAUGCUUUAUCAAAUGCCUAAGUUGGGUUGUGUUCCGGACGUGAUCACUUAUCAUUGCAUUUUUAAGCAUCUAGAGAAGCCAAAUGAGAUUCUUAGACUGUUUGACAGGAUGAUUGAAAGUGGGGUUCAACCAAGGAUGGACACUUUUGUGAUGCUUAUGAGGAAGUUUGGGAGAUGGGGAUUCCUCAGACCAAUGUUUCUUGUGUGGGAUAGGAUGGUUAAACUUGGGUGUAGUCCUGAUGGGUCUGCUUACAAUGCUUUAAUUGAUGCUCUCGUGGACAAAGGUAUGUUAGACAUGGCUAGGCAUUAUGAGGAAGAAAUGCUAGCAAGGGGGCUUUCAGCUAAGCCAAGGAAGGAGUUGGGAACGAAACUUGUGACCAGUGAUGAUGGGUAGUUGCAAUAUGAUUUCCACACCAGCAAUCCCAAUAUGAUUUCUACAUCAUCUAAAUUACUGACAUGAGUAUCUGGAAUACACAAUUUUCCACCUGCAUCUUUCUAUUGAAAUGCAAAUGGAAGCUAAGGAAUACCACCUGAAAAGCGCACUCUGUACCAAAGUAUAUAGUAUAUAUGGCUCACAGAUGAUACUAUGAAGAUGUGCAGUCGAGAACAUUAGCCGUUGAGGAAAGAGUUUGGGGUGGUAACUGCAUAUCACUUGAUGACCUUUUGUGCUGGGCUUGAUAUGGAAUGGACACCUAUUUCCUGCUCAUAUGAAAAUUAAAUGUUGAAGACCUUUUUGAUUUAGGACAUUGCAUGCAUCCAAUGCACCUGUGACCGCUGCCUGUUAGUUGAAAAUGUUGAUUGUAUUGGUUGUCCAGAGUCCAGACAAUGCUUCUGUUGACUUAAAGAAGUGUUAUUUUACAAUGAUCAUAUACACGAGUUAGGAAGAGUUGGAAUCCUUGAAGAAGAGUCUUGUAUCAAUGCUAUUACGGUAUUACCCUUCCACUUCAUGGUUCAUUGCAGCUUGAAAUGCAGGCAAUCAAAGAUUUUUGUAAUGGAGAUGUAAUUUCGGGGAGUGGUGUGGUUGAUCUUGGGAAAUGCCAUACAGCUAGACAGGUUCAGUCAUCAUAUGCAUUCUUAAACUUUGCUGCUGCACGUAGUGUUGGGUGCAAUUGUGGUGGAACAGUUUGACGAGUAUGUAAAAGAACAUAUGUUGCUAUGCUUUCUCAAAGGAUAUUCAUUCCUCUUCUUUAUUCACACAUCUCAUACUCUACAGCUGCUAUCACCCUGAGGUGUACUAUGCUGCAGUUUGUUCAACCCUGCACUUAUAAUUUGAAUCUUGAUCCUUUUAACUCGUGCGGGAAAAGGACUUGGAAACUGAUGUUUGCUGGGUUUCUUCACUUGUUGUGUGUUCUGUUUUAUUGUUUUUAACACUACAAUUUUCAAAUGAACCAGCUAUCAGAAGCAAUCAGUAUUAGCAGCUUCAGCUACCAAAAUGUAUAGUUCUCACCUAAAGAACUAGUGAUAACUUUAAACCAUUGCGUGUCCGUUCUAAAGAGAUGGGCAAGAUAUCAUGUCUUUGUGGUGUUAUCCCCUGAGAUUAUCUUUGGUUGCAAACUGAAUUCUAGUGACUGUAGAUACAUAUGAUCGGUACAUGUUCUUCAACAUGCAGGACGAGCUGGAAGAACUCAUCUUGUGAAAUGCCAUCGGUUAUAUCUUCCAUGGUUUACCGAGUUCCAGAAAUUCAGUGUUCAUCUCAUGCCUGAAGUGGUCUUUAUUCGAACUGUUCAAUUUUCUUGAUUCUCCUUCCUGCAAGUCUAAUUUCUUCUUCAGUCCUUUUCUUCUCUUUUCAGCCUUUCAGGCAUACAAUUAGAGUUCCUAAAAGAAAUAAUAGAAACUCAUGUCAUGACCAACUGUUCUAGAAA